AUGGUCAGCUCCUGUUGUGGCUCUGUCUGCUCUGACCAGGGCUGUGGCUCCAGCUGCUGCCAGCCUUGCUGCCGCCCCACCUGCUGCCAGACCACCUGCUGCAGGACCACCUGCUGCCGGCCCACCUGCUGUGUGUCCAGCUGCUGCCGCCCCUCCUGCUGUGGCUCCAGCUGCUGUGGCUCCAGCUGCUGCAGGCCCAGCUGCUGCAUCUCUAGCUGCUGCCGCCCCUCCUGCUGUGGUUCCAGCUGCUGUGGCUCCAGCUGCUGCCGCCCCUCCUGCUGCAUUUCUAGCUGCUGCCGCCCCUCUUGCUGUGAGUCUCCUUGCUGCCACCCCACCUGCUGCCAGACCACCUGCUGCAGGACCACCUGCUGCCACCCCAGCUGCUGUGUGUCCAGCUGCUGCCGCCCCUCCUGCUGUGGCUCCAGCUGCUGUGGCUCCAGCUGCUGCCGCCCCUCCUGCUGCAUUUCUAGCUGCUGCCGCCCCUCUUGCUGUGGUUCCAACUGCUGUGGCUCCAGCUGCUGUGGCUCCAGCUGCUGCCGCCCCUCCUGCUGCCCCUCCUGCUGCCUGCGCCCAGUCUGUGGCCGGGUCUCCUGCCACACCACUUGCUAUCGCCCCACCUGUGUCAUCUCCACCUGCCCCCGCCCCAUGUGCUGUGCCUCCUCUUGCUGCUGA